AUCGAUUUUCAGGAAAAGCAGCAGCAGCAGGGAAACUGUGUGGGCAGCAGCAGCCAGUCAGUUAGUCAGUCAGCCAGGUUGAAACAGUUAAAUUAUGAAAACGUAUACAAAACUGGCCCGAUUUCGCCGCAGCACUCAAUUCGCCGCCUGAGAGCGAACGAAAAAUUGUGUGUCCUUUGGAGUCGACGUGUCGAAGCGAAAAGGUAAAACAGUGGCAUUGCAUCUGCCUCCGCAAAAUAAUUGAAACACUGCAGCCAGCAAAUUCCUGGCCAGACGAGUGUGUCGCGGGCGUGUGAAUAAUUGAUUGGCACAAGGAGCUGCCAUUAUCGAUUUGUGUGUAUGUGCGAGCAACAACACUGCGGACCACUCACCCACACGUCAACAACAGCAGGAUAGAUUCGCGUGGCAGCAGGAUCUGCAGCAGGAACAGCAACAGCAACACCAACUAAAACAGCAGCAACUGCAACAUCUGCAGCAGCAGCAGCAACAACAGCAACCGCAGCAACCUCAAGACAGACAGCGAACCGGUCUAAGCAGACAUAAUGGCGAGUGGCGGAGACCCCAAGUGGCAGAAGGAUGCUGCCGACCAGAACUUCGACUACAUGUUCAAGCUGCUCAUCAUCGGUAACUCCAGCGUGGGCAAGACCAGCUUCCUCUUCCGCUACGCCGACGAUAGCUUCACAUCCGCCUUCGUCUCCACGGUGGGCAUUGACUUUAAGGUGAAGACCGUCUUUCGGCACGACAAGCGCGUAAAGCUCCAGAUCUGGGACACGGCUGGGCAGGAGCGGUACCGAACAAUCACCACAGCCUACUACCGCGGUGCAAUGGGCUUCAUCCUGAUGUACGACGUUACUAACGAAGACAGCUUUAACUCGGUGCAGGAUUGGGUAACACAGAUCAAAACCUACUCGUGGGACAACGCCCAGGUUAUCCUGGUGGGCAACAAGUGCGACAUGGAAGACCAGCGGGUGAUCAGCUUUGAACGUGGUCGCCAGUUGGCCGAUCAAUUGGGUGUUGAAUUCUUCGAGACGUCCGCCAAGGAGAACGUGAACGUCAAGGCUGUUUUCGAGCGCUUGGUGGACAUCAUCUGCGACAAGAUGUCCGAGAGUCUGGACGCGGAUCCGACGUUAGUGGGCGGUGGCCAGAAGGGCCAGCGGCUGACGGAUCAGCCGCAAGGCACGCCCAAUGCCAACUGCAACUGUUAGAGCCCCGAUGGGAGGAUUGGAGGACAGAAGGAUCCUACUGCACCACAACAACCACAUCCGUAACAACCAUAGACAACAGAAUUUGAAACUAGCUAAUUAGUCAGCAUUGAACAGGGGAUUGCAGCUAAUCCUUCAGUAAGCCGACGACAACGGUUCGGAUACCGAUGAAAAGAUAAUGAUGAUAUAUAGGCGUGCAUCCUCUUUUUGAUAGGGGGUGGCAUUGUGUUUGUAUCGAUAUGUGUAUGUAUAUCCUUUGCGUUCGCUCGCCUCAGUGUAAAUGUCAAAUGUUAUUUAAUCCGAUGUUUGAAUUGUAAUUUGUAAUUGGUAAUUGGUAAUUUGUAACUUGUAAUUUAAUCGGCUGCCGCAGCGAGGAACCAUUUGUUGAGUGUGUGAAUUGUGUUGAAUUUAUUCGAAUUGAGAGAUCGAGAUCGAUAAAUUGAAAAAGAGCAAAGAAUUUAACGAAAGUCCGAUUUGACGGUGAUUCGGCACUAAUUAAGCAUGCACCCAGAGUGCUGAUAAAAGUCAUUUGAUUUGCGGCCCCACGAGACGGGGUCAGGAGGUCAGUCAGCACGAGUAUUUCGAACCGUUCUCCACAUCCACAUGUAUAUAAGCUGGCUAAACUGUACAGUUUGAGAUGCUUGACGAAACGCACAAAGCUAGCGAAUCGGUGAAAUCGACAGACAACUAACUAUAGCAACACUAUCCCACACACCCAUGUAUAUGUAUGGAUACACACAAGCAAAGAGCACUGAACACACACACCCGGAAACGGAUAUAGUUAUACCCCGAAUCCUUGGCUUGGAGCAUUCUAGCAAACACAAACAAACCGGCUGAGUGGUAAGCCGUUAUUAUUAAAUAUUAUGAUUAUUAUUAUUAUGUACGUAUGUAUUUAUGUAUUUAUGUAGUGAAAUGGAAAAUUUUAAUGUGUUGCAAAUGAUAAAAGAAAUAUAUACAUCAAAUAUACAUGUAUCGCAUAGAGUACUACCCAGACCCAGAACUACAUAGAGGUAAUCGCAGUUUUCUGUUACCCGGAAACCCUAUCGAACACCUUCCGAGGGCCAGAGUGACAAUAACCCGCAGAAGAUCAGAACCACUGAGAUCCCCUCCCCCUCGAGGUCAGGCAACCGAAGUUGAUUUUCCCCCACCUCACCACCCACUUUUUGAUUUCCCCUACGAGACUGCUGCGAACUGAAUCCGGACUGCGAGUUACUUGAACCCACCGAGCCAGCUGAGAGAUCGGUGCAUUUAAUUUGCCAGCCCUCCCGACACCCACAUUCCGAACCCAACACCCCUUUUAUAUGCACACACCACCCACUUUUCUACCUGUAUACCAUAUGGUAUAUGCUAUACAAGGCUUUCCUUUGUUACCGCUUUAAUGACACAACAAACCGCUGCCGUGACUUAAUUUGAACGAAGAUUAAGCGGGGACAAGGACUUUGACUUUGGGGGCUAAAACUGCUGAAUCUGAAUAUGUAACUGAAUAUAUAUAUAUAUGUAUUUGCCAAUGCUCGUUAAUGUUAAAUAUGUGUACAAGCAGAGUUUCACUUGAAUUACGAUUAAAUUAAAGGCAUAUCGCUGUAUUAUAAAUACCCAAAAACGAAGACAAAACGAAAUGGAAAACCGAACCCGCACCCAGAAAAAUGCCAGGUAAAUCCACACGAAUUGCACAACGAGUUGCUAAGUGCUAGAGAGGGAAAGAGGGGAAGGGAACUGGGAUAUGGGAUAUGGGAUAUGAGAAGGAAAGAUUAUGGAGGAGAUUCUAUAUGAAAAUGCCUUAAGCCAGCGACGCAGGUCGCUGAUUGGUCUUUUUGGCAUUCGAACUGUUUUGUAAAAUAAUUAAUCAUACAACUUGCAUAACCACCUCUUCAAGUAUUUGUCUUUGUAUUCCUGUGUGGAUUCGCUUUUAGUCAAGCCCCAGUUAAAUAAUCCAACCCAAUUAAACUAAACCGAACUUAACUAAAACUAAAACUAGACCGGAGUAAAAUCAAAGCAAAUAACACAAAUGUAAACGAGAAACAAUUGUUGAUGAAUUCGUGCAUAGGCAUAACGCAAACAUUUUUGCGCUACAUUGUUGUCAUUUAAACCAAUACUUAGCAUAUUGAUUAUUGCAUUGUGUACUCAGCUAAACCAAAUAUUUGUAAACCCUAUGAAAACAAUUCCAACUCCAAACAUAAUGGCAUUAUUUGUAUUCGAUUUGAAUUGCAACAAGAAUAACCCAACUAGGAAAUGUAUACAAGAACGUCAAAAUAAAAUAAUUCAAUAUAUUAUUCAAUGAUGGUUUUUAAACACUAACACACAUCUGCAUACCCGUACUUAUGAGGAUACUAACAUAGAUAUACAGAUACACACAUAUAUACAUAAUAUACACAUAAUGGUAUUGAAAUUAUUGUAUUCCCAUAAUAAAAUAUAUGCAAAAGGUGUAUGGUAAAACAAAGAA